CGAGUCAUCACCCUCUCUCGCCAAACCAAAGAAGUAUCAGAAAAAAUACACAAUCAAACAUGACUCAAGAGAAGUCGAAAGGUGCAAAGCACACGCUCCUAGAGCGGCCAUGGUUCAUCGCAGUUGCUCUAGCUGGUCUUAUUGGUGGUGCACUACUCAUCACGAGUUUCAUCCGAUCUACAAACAACACUUUAUCACUAUGUUCCACGGCUAAGACCACGGCCGCUUCCAUAGCCGAAUACUCAGCUACACCAAUCCAACUACAAUCCAUCGUCCACUAUGCAACUUCUCGCACCGUCCCACAACAAUCUUUUGAGGAGAUCUCAAUCUCCUUAGACGUCCUUAAAGACCGUCUCCCUUGCAAUUUCCUUGUCUUUGGCCUGGGCCGCGACUCUCUCAUGUGGGCCUCCCUCAAUCCGGGAGGCACCACUGUUUUUUUGGAGGAGGACCCUGAAUGGAUCGAGGCUGUCCUCAAGGAAGCACCAUCCCUCAGAGCCCACCAUGUUCAAUACCGGACUCAGCUUUCUCAAGCUGACCGCCUUCUCUCUACAUAUCGGUCCGAGCCCAAGUGUUUACCUGCCAAUGCUUUCCCCAUCCGCUACAAUGAAAAGUGUCCAUUGGCGUUGACUUCACUUCCUGAUGAGUUCUAUGACACCGAGUGGGAUCUAAUCAUGGUGGACGCACCAAAAGGGUACUUCGCAACCGCGCCAGGGAGGAUGGCAGCGAUAUUCUCCUCAGCCGUCAUGGCACGUAACCGGAAAGGUGCUGGCACGACCCACGUUUUCCUUCAUGACGUUGACCGCAAAGUGGAGAACGCUUAUGCCAAUGAGUUCUUAUGCCAGAAGUACAAAGUCAAAUCUGCUGGUAGGCUCUGGCACUUUGAGAUACCCAACGCCGCGAACAUGAGCGAUCAGCCAGGGGACCGGUUUUGCUAGAGUGCGCCGAUAUUAAUGGAUUCUUCGUUAAUUACUUCCUUUAAAUUUAAGACACCGCAUAGUUCUUUUGAGUUUUAA